AUUUUGGGGGAUUCCACCCCCCCAAGUAUAUUAACAUAUUUGAGGUUUUUGUGGUAGGUCUUUUCCAGUUGAAUCCAGUUUAAAAGAGAGGAUGUUAAAAAUGUUUUCUUAUGAUAUCCAUAUUUUUUAUCUUACUCAGAUGCAUACAGUAUUUGACUCACAGGCUAUCAAGGGUAUAGAUUAUUAUUUGGAAGAGAGUAAAUAAUUUAGCAUAAGAUGCUGGUAAAUGACGAUUUGACCACAAUAGGAUUCCUAAAAUAGCAUACAGUUAAUGCUACGCUUUUAAUGAUUCUUUCUGAUAUUAAUAAAAGAAAAUUAUGAUUUUUUUUUAAAAAGCAAAAUAAAUAAAAAUUAUUAUUAAAUGAAACGCUUACUAAAAACAAUGAAAUGUUUUAUUUAUUUACGUGUGACCAUUAGCCAGCAUCAGUGAACCGUGAACAUGUACAUGUGUGUCACGGUGCACACAGCAGGGAUGAACGAGGAACACGGAGACGAGGAUAAACUUCAAAAUAAUAGUCUUUAAAAGGUGACAUCAGGACAGGGCAAGACAAGGCAAGGUUGACACAGACAGGAACACCGGGGAAUAACGAGUAGACCAGACGAAAACUAACUGAACAGGCAGGAACUAAAUACACAUGACAAUCACUGAUAAUUAGACGAAACACGGCUGGACAAGACUUAACUAAUAAUCACACUUAACAAGGACAGGACAGGACAGGAACACAAAAACUAACACACACGACAGAGGACGUGACAAUGUGUUGUUGUUGGUGUUAUUAUUAUGUGUGACCCUGGACAACAGAAACAGUCACGGGUAUAUUUAUAGUCAAAAGUAGCAUGUGUAUAUUUAUAGCAAUUGCCAGCAAUAAAUACAUUGUAUUGGUCAAAAUUAUAGAUUCUUCUUUUAUGCCAAAAAUCAUUAGGAUAGUAAAGAUCAUGUUCCAUGAAGAUAUUUUGUAAAUUUCCUACAAUAUAUAUUAAAACUAAAUUUUUUAUUAGUAAUAUGCAUUGCAAAGAACUUCAUUUGGACAACUUUAAAGGUGAUUUUCCCAACAUUUUGAUUUUUUUGCACCCUCAGAUUCUAGAUUUUCAAGUUGUUGUAUCUCGGCCAAAUAUUGUCCUAUCCAAACAAACCAUAGGCUACAUCAAUGGAAAGCUUAUUUAUUCAGUAUAAAUCUCAAUUCCAAAAAAAUGACUGGUUUUGUGGUCCAGGGUCACAUUUAAUUUAAAUUCCCAUAGGUAAAUAUUUAAAGUCAAAAGGGUUCUGCUGAUAAAAAAGUUUGUGAAUCCCUUUUAUAGAUAACAUUUUUACAAUAUUAUUUUUUAUAUUAUUAUAUAAUAUGUAAAAAUAUGUUUUUAUUAAUAUUUGUUGAUAUGAUUAUCGAUGUAUCUCUCAGUAUUCAAAUAAAACCUCCACUACUGAAACUAGUGCUAAGGAGACAUUCUGCACUGUUUAACAGGCAUUAUUUAUGAAUUAGAAUCAGUUAAUAUGUUAAUGCCUACGCCUCAGUAAUAUUUGCAUAUAGUUUCUCUAGUAGCACAAUUGCCUUUUUCAUCUCGUACAAACCUACAGUACUUCUUCUGGUAUGCAUUAACUAUGCACUUUAAGAGUAGGACGAUAGUAUUUGCAUUGAAAAUAAAGACUUUGGAUUUGUCCAGAACGAAUGCCAACUUCAUGUUCUUCGUGGAUUUGGGUGGCUUUCGUUCUGCUGUUUCUUAUCGGAAAGUUCGAGCGAGUGGAGAGGAAAGACUCACCCUUCAGAGAGGCAGCUGUGCUGUCCAUCUCCCCUCACACAAAAGAUCAGAAGCGCUGCCCGGGCCUCAGUCUCCACUGGGAUGCCAGCCAUUUGAUUGUUAUCUGUCUAUUCAGCUUGUGGAGGUGGGGCCCACCAUCACACAUCAUCCUGGACCAGAACUCUGUUUAAUCUGGCUCGCUGUCAAAUGAAACUAGCCUACAUGUUUGGGUUACUGAGUGAAACUUCCAAGAGCCAUUUGUUCUGAAGGAGCCUCAGGCUGAGCUCACUGCGGUACCGCAUGACAGGAUUGUGCAUCUGCACAUGUCUGCCACCUUGUGGAUGAGGAUUCGCAAAACUCAUGUGGACAAAGAGCUCUACCAUAGUUAGGGAUGAUUGCAAGUUUGUUCCAUGACGUCAUUUGGAUCUGAGAUUAUCAGUUCAAUUAUUUAACAGAAUUUCUAAAAUAUAUUAACAAUCUGACUCAGGAUCUGGAACAAAUUUUUUUUCUGAUUUGGUUUGCUGACUCUGUGAAGUACAAAGGUCUUUUGGAUGACCAUCAAACAUCAAUCUGUUAUUCUUCUCUCCUCCCCCAUUCUUUCUCUAUGGCUCUAUCCAUUUUUGUGUCCAGCCUCUGCAGUGAGGUGCAUUUGGUCGAUGAAGGCGACUCAUCAUUGUGAUGUAUAAUGGCUCCUGCGCUGAGUGCAAUGUUGGGGUCAGGGGCCAUGGGGUCAGAGGUCGCAGGGGUGGCGGCGCUGGCUAAAGGGGAGUUGGCACUUGUAGGCACGCUCACGGCGCUCACGGCUUUCCUUCUGCUCUCUGUCCUGCUGCUGCUGUGUGCAAGCUGCCAGGGGCAGAAAAAAGGGGGGCCGCCAGGAGACCAUGAAAACCUGAUGAAUGGGGUGUCAGAAAAGGAAGUAUGUAGCCAAUCAGUAGAGAGCCAUGGGACUGACUUGGCGGUCAGCAGCUCUCAUAAUGGGCCUCUUACCAGUGGUACAGUACUAACGGACACAAUGGACACAAGUCCCCAGCCUUCAGAAGAUAUGCUGUCCAGCCAAUCAGAGAUCAGAUCGUCUAAGUAUCACCAGGAUCGUGAAUUACCCAGCAUUCCACCCACCGAUACCCUCAAAACAGCUAUCGAUGCUCAAGCUCCCUCAGGAGAAGGCACGUACGAGGUGGUGAAGGACAGCGCCUCCCGUGAUGUCAGUGUCGAGGAUUGUCUUUACGAGACGGUGAAAGAACUCAAGGACAUUGGUCUCCCCAACGGUACACUAAGCCCAGAGGAACCACCCGCGCCUCUUCUUAACGGCCACCCAAGCCCCGCUACACCAGACCACACCAUGCUGCCCAAUGGUGUGGAGUACGCCUCCGUCAACCUCAGCAAGAAGAGCCGCUACAGCACUGACAUGGAGGCCAGGCGCUCGGCUGCCAUUGUGAAUUUCGAAGAGCCUGAGGAUGAAAAACCACCUCCUGUACCAGACAAAGUACUGGAUGAGAAUGAGAAUCAGCAGAUUCCGAAUGGACAGUUACACUCCCUGCUGACAACUCCAGAGCUUCAAGACAACGUGUCUCCGGACAGUGAGUUAUCAGACAUGUACUCCAAAGUAGUGAAGAAUUCUAAGGAAACUGAUAAUGACUACAGCAGCAUUGGAGACAUCAAGGGAAUGGUGCCGGAGUCGACUUCCAGUGAUCUUUACGCCACGGUUGGGGAUGAAUACCCAAUAGCUCUUGGCUCCCAGCCUCCGGAGGGGCUUACAGAGAAUGCAGACCCUGGGUACGAGACCAUCAAGAUCUCCAAAGCAUCUGAAGAGGCUCAUCAGGGCAAUGGGAUAGUGGAACCUGACUAUGAGAGUGUGGGGGAACUGGGUCUCAACGGGGAAAUCUCUCGUCUCUGACCACCCAUGUAAGGGACUGUGGACACUGAGAAAUCACUUCUCUGAGGUUUAGAAGUGGAAGUUGGGGUGGUAUUGCUAAUAUAAUGCACUUAAAGGGUUAGUUCACCCCAAAAUGAAAAUUAUGUCAUUAAUUACUCACCCUCAUGUCGUUCCAAACCCAUAAGACCUUCGUUC